AUGGGGAACAAAGAAAGUAGACUUCGAAUAGCUGAGAGUGAAAGCGACGAAGACGAUGAAGAGAACAGACAAGACAGAAAUAUUUCUGGGAGAGAUGAAAAAUCGACUACUGUUACACCCUUCAAAACUUAUUCACAAGAACACACGCCGUUACUGGUUGAGAAGAUUCAACACUGUCUGUCUUCCUUUCCACUAGCCAAACCAGUACUGACGGAUCAAUUGUUAGAAAGACUAGCCAGUCAAGUAGUGGUCAGAGAAUACGAAGCUCAUCAAGAUGUCGUUUGCCAAGGUCAAUUCACAGGUCGGAAGACAAACGGAUUAUUCAUUAUUUUUGAGGGACAUGUUGAGGUCAUUACCUCAGAAGGGGAGAUAAUUGCAGAAUUAUUCAAGGGAGACUACUUUGGGGAAGUGUCUGUACUUUAUGAUGUGCCGUGCACAGCCACAGUCCGAACAAAGGGGAAGUGUCAUCUUCUUCUGUUAAAAAGCAAGGUCAAUCAGAAACUACUUGGCAAAGUCAAGGUCAAGAUGGAAAUGAUAGACUGGUUUGUGACAAAGCGAUAUAUUCCAGUCGGUGCAACAAUGGACCAUGAAAGAGCUAUACGGAGGAUGGUUCCAGUUUUUGCAGACUGGUCUGAUUUGGCACUGAAGAGCCUCGUUCUGGAGAUAAAACCGGCCCUUGUAGUCCUUUACUCACCAGGCUCCGUGGUUGCCAUGCACGGGGACCCACCAGUCUCCAUCAAUGUCAUAAUCAAAGGGAGGGUGGUUUUAAGUGAUCAAGAUUGUGCAACGCUAGUGAAAGUAGAUGCUAACGUGUCCCCUUUCACCAUUGGAGAGGAAGGUGUUUUUUGUGGACUGGACAACCAAGUAACAGUCAUCACUACUACCUGUUGUAAGGUAGUCCCGAUCCGGACAGAGUGGAUACAGAACAUUAUAGCUCAGCAUCCACAAGAAGCUGGCACAGCCUGGAGUUCCAUACAAACAAAAUGGAAGGCAAAAGUGAAUAAGGGGGCUACAAUAUACUCAAAGUACCCAACCAAUCUACAGUUUGAGGUGAUCUUCCAGUCACUGAAGCAGAACAAAGUGUUUGGUCAGUGUACAGACAGGUGUUUGUAUGACUUGUGUCUACAUUGCCAACCACAGGAGUUUUAUCCUGGUACAACUGUAUGUACAAAGGAGGAAUAUGAUGAACACCUAUUUGUCAUGAUCCUAAUUGGCGAAACUGAGCUGGUUACUGAUCCACAGAUGCCCUCGGAACACAUCUUUGGUCCUGGUGAUGUAUUCUGUCGCUGUGAAUGGAUGGACAGCACUGGUCAACUUAAAGCUCUUUGUCAGUGUCUUGUGGUCAAGUUGACCCAAAAUGAUGUUUUCAGGGUCACUGAAUCCUGUCCUGACUCCGUCCUGACCUAUCCACCAGAGAACUAUGUACCAUAG